AUGGGCCAGAUCUCCAUGCUGGAGGCGCUGGUGGAGCUCGGGCCUUUUCUUACCCUUAUGAAUCUUCACUGUUCACCGGACGUCCACACAUUUCUGUGCAAAGCGUUUGUCCCUGCCUGCCUGGAGCAAGUCCACGUGAUCCAGCCUUGCCGGAGCCUCUGUGAGAAGGUGUAUUCCGACUGCAAGCAACUCAUGGACACUUUUGGGAUCGUGUGGCCCGAAGAGCUGCAGUGCGACAGGCUGGUCAGUUGUGAUGAGGCUGCUCCCGCCACUGCUGCCGUCACCGCGGACGCACACGGGACUCAGAAGACCCCGGGAGAGACGCGAAGGGAUUACGGAUUCUGGUGUCCACGACACCUACACACUUCCAAUGGACAAGGCUACAAGUUCCUAGGAAUUGAUCAGUGUGCACCCCCGUGUCCCAAUAUGUACUUCAAAAAUUAUGAAUUGGAUGUUGCAAAGAGCUUCAUUGGGAUAGUGUCAAUUUUUUGUCUUUGUGCUACUCUCUUCACAUUCCUGACUUUUCUGAUUGAUGUGAAAAGGUUCAGAUACCCAGAGAGACCCAUCAUAUAUUACUCGGUCUGUUACAGCAUAGUUUCUCUCAUGUACUUUAUUGGGUUUUUACUUGGAAAUAGAACUGCCUGUAACAAGGCAGAUGAUAAGUUAGAAGUUGGUGAAACGGUGGUUCUUGGCUCCCAGAACAAAGCCUGUACCGUCCUCUUCAUGGUUUUGUAUUUCUUCACUAUGGCAGGAACUAUCUGGUGGGUGAUUCUCACCAUCACUUGGUUCCUUGCAGCAGGAAGAAAAUGGAGUUGCGAAGCCAUUGCCCAAAAGGCCAUGUGGUUCCACGCGGUCGCGUGGGGGAUACCUGGCUUCCUAACUAUUAUGCUGCUUGCAAUGAACAAAGUUGAAGGGGACAAUAUCAGCGGAGUUUGUUUCGUGGGGCUCUAUGAUCUGGAUGCGUCUCUGUACUUUGUGCUUUUGCCGUUGUGCCUUUGUGUUUUUGUUGGUCUCUCUCUCCUUUUAGCCGGAAUUAUCUCUUUAAAUCACGUGCGGCAAGUCAUACAGCACGACGGCAGGAACCAAGAGAAGCUCAAGAAAUUUAUGAUCCGAAUUGGAGUUUUUAGUGGUUUAUACUUGGUGCCGCUUGUGGCGCUUCUUGGGUGUUACGUCUAUGAACUGGUGAAUCGGAAAAUCUGGGAAACAACAUGGGUCUUCGACCACUGUAACCAGUACCAUAUCCCUUGUCCUUACCAGGCAAAGGUAUUAGCAAGACCAGAAAUAUUUUUGUUUCUGAUGAAAUAUCUACUGACCUUAAUUGUUGGCAUUUCUCCAGUCUUUUGGGUGGGAAGUAAGAAGACCUGCUCUGAAUGGGCCAAUUUCUUCAACAGAAACCGCAAAAGAGAUCCGAUCAGUGAGAGUCGCAGAGUGCUGCAGGAAUCCUGUGAGUUUUUCUUGCGGCACAAUUCCAAAGUUAAGCACAAAAAGAAGCACUACAAAUCCAGCUCACACAAACUGAAAGUUAUUUCCAAGUCCAUGGGGACUAGCACAGGUGGCACAACAAAUCACGGAACCUCUGCAGUCGCGAUCACUAACCAUGACUACUUAAGCCAGGAAACUGUUGCAGAAAUUAAAACAUCUGCAGACUCGUCUGAGAAAGAGGUGGAGGCAGAUGGAGCCCAAAAAGGCGAGGGGAGCGAAGACUUGUGUGGAGACCACAUGUUAUCCAGUUCUAAACUGACUGUGGAUCAGGUGGAAAAAAGAAGCAAAGCAGAUACUUCAUAUGAAUUGAGCAGCUUGUCUGGGAGUGUGAAGAGAAUAGGUGAAGGAAGGUUAACUCCUAAAACUGAUUUUAUGGAAUCUCCUCCUUUACAAAGCAGCAGUUCCCUAAUACCCAAUGUCUCACAGACUGGUUCCAUGUCACUACUUGUCUACUCGGCUUCGGACACCAGGAAAGAGUUGGAUUCUGGAAACAGUUUAAACCCUUAAGAGAUUGCAUACGAACAUUUUCAGUUUCUAAAACUGAUAAGGAUUCUGCAUUACACUGGAAAUAAUGGAUAUUCUGUGCCUUAUAAAAAAAAAAAAAGACACAUACCCUGUUUUGCACUUAUAGAAAUGUAAGUUCUGUAGUGGGGCAACUAGCAAUAAUGUACUAUACUUAAUCCCAUCCAGGACUAAUGGAAACAGAAAUUCUAUAGGACACAGCUGGAUUGACUGGCAGUAAUUUAAGAGAUGAGAGAAACAAUUAUUAUUCUCAAUAUUAAGAAUACUUUGUAAUAACUUGCAUUAAAAUAAUGCAUAGGAAGCAGUGUUACUUUUCAAAAGUUCCAUCUG